AUGGCAAAGGCUAGAGGAGGCCUUUCCGCAUCCCCAUCCUCGUCGAUGCCUCGUCUAGCACAGUCCGCCGUCAGAGGCGUCACUUCGCCACCUGCUCAGGACUCCACCGUUCCCCCAUCUGAGGGUGGAACGCCUUCUCAGCGCCGGUAUCCCACCAGGAGGUCGCCCACUGACCCUGUGCCGCCCACCACCAAAGCCAAGAGGCCUGCUUCUCGGCCACCCGCGAAGAGAGCCAAGUUCUCGGGUCCUGGAGAGCCAUCCCAGACACCUCAGGCAGAGCCGCCUACAAAGGACUCUCAAAUUCCUGUGGGGAUUCCUCUCGAGGCCAUCAUCAGGCGUCCUAUGAUCGCAGGGCCGCCUAUAGAGGCAACCUGGAUUGCAGAGAUCGAUCAUUCCACUCAGAGACCUAGUUCGACAUUGAGGCUCUCAAACAGCAGCCAGAGCUCAGGGAUUCAUUCUAUUUGCUACAGAGGUAUCACAUGGAGCAUCUUCUCACCCCUAGGCAGUUCUAUUAUCUGA